AUGUGUCUAUUGCGCGUACUGUAUGAGUUGUUUCUUAAUAUGUGGGUGAAUCCGACUUCAGUGAUGCCCCCAGGCGACUCACUUAAUGAGUACGGAUCGGCACAUUCGAGUGACCUGAGCAGUAACUCGGAUUUGGACACGAAAAUGGAGGAACAGGACUGGGAACCCGAAAAAUAUUUGGCUGAAUUCAAACCAAUAAGCUCUACAAGAUGCAGAAACAUAUGGCUUAUCCACGUGAAUCCACAGUAUCGGAUUCUACAAAUUCUAGUCUUCUCGAAAUUGAAGGAAACCAAAAUUAUGGAGGAGGCUCGUUUCUUCAAAGAAAUGUGCGAUGAGCUGAAGGCAGCAGGCUGUCCCUUAUUUGGUGGUCGAUAUUGUGAGAGACUUUCGCCAGAAAAUCGGGAAAAGGCAGCAGUUCUAGAGGAUCGUUUGGAUGCUCUGCUGGGUUUCGACACCGCCUCGGUGAGCUCGUUCCGGACACGUACUCGAGAUGAACUCCGACUUUUCAUCGCGCAAGGCGACACGUUGACAUCAUUCAAAGAGAAGAUGAAGCAAUAUGAUUUUUCAUUGAAAUGCAAUGCAGUAUGGUCAUCGGAUGCGAUUGCUUAUCGGUGCAAUACGUGUGCGUACAACCCUUGUAUGUCGCUGUGCGCUGACUGUUUCCAGAAUAGCAACCACCAAGGACAUGAUUUCAACAGGUUCUUCUCACAAGCUGGCGGAGCAUGCGAUUGCGGCAACUCGGAUGUCUUAAGAGAAUCUGGAUUUUGUGCCCGGCACGGACCGAACGCAAUUCGCCCACCAGCACCAUCGGACAAAAUUGUUUCGUUGGCCGAAUUUGUGAUACCGAAGUUGUUCGUCAGAUUGUUUUUGUACUUCCGUGGAUGGAAUCGACGGUAUGAAGAGCUGGUCGAGCAGAAGAAGCAGCGAUCGUCGGAUGUGAAUAAAGAGACGUUCAGUUGUCACUUGAUAGCACAAGCGCACAUUCUCAUCGAAUUCUUACAAGAAAUAGUGGAUUGCGGUGGGCCGAUCCGAGAUGCAGUGGCGGACAUUCUGCUCAACAAACAACUCUAUGCGGAACUGAAUAAACGAAUGGCGAAGGAUGAUCUUGAAGAAAAGACAAAGCGUGUUGAUGUGUCGUUGGAUUGGCGUACGAGAAGCCUUUUGGAAGAAGAUUUGAAAUCGUUGAAGACAGUCGAAGGAGCACCCGAACGGAAUUAUUCGUUUGAAUGUUUGCUGGAUGAAUUGGUGUUUUGGAUGAUACGUUUGAUAUUUCCACAAUCGAUCAUAAAUCUUUGUUUGAGUAUGUUAUCACACGCGCAAUAUCGGGAUUGGUUCGCUCGUCAGUUUUUCUCACUCUACGGUUGUAUUGCUGAGAUAAUGGUUGAUCUAGCAAAAUCUGAGGGUAACGCCACAAUUUAUGCAGUUUCGAGUCGUGUCAUACAUAUUUCUGUUCAGAUUCUCUCAAGUGAAGCGAUGUGCAACAAAUUGGACGAUGAGAUAUCGUUGAAGUAUUUACUGAUAUCAAGUACUCGUGGUCUGCUGAGUGCUGGUCUGCAGAGAUCCUACCUGACUCAAGCGCGAGAAUAUUUCUACGAAAGUACAGCGCCAAGUGCAGACAGUACAGCAUCCACUUUCGAGCCGUUCACGUGGAUCGUUUUCUCUGUGGACUUGAAUCAACCUCUGCGAAAACAUUCAUAUUGGACGUUGGUGAGCGAUAUGCAGAAUCUGUUGGGACAUCCGAGCAUUGCCAGGAAGUUCUUUAGAGAUUCGGCUUCGUUCAGUUGUUACGCGAAGAUGAUAGCGCUGAUGCAAGGAAUGAACGUGAACUUUCGAGUGGUUUGCGGCGAUCACGUUGAGUAUGAUACUGCGCAGCCAUACCAGCUAUCAUUUCAUCUGGAAUGGGAAGUGGCCGCAGUGAAUAUGUUCAAUACACUGAACGCGCUCACUGAUGAAAUCGACUGCAUGAAUUUGUAUUUGUUGAAGUGGAAAUCUUUAAUGCAGCCUUAUUGUGUAUCAUAUCACAUUCCACUGCAUCGUCAUAUCGCUGCGGGUGUUAUGCAUUCCGUUGAGCAUUUGCUACUUCGGGAGCCAGUUCAAGGAUUGCUGGCUGAGGAUGAGCAAUUUUUAAGAAGAAUUGCACUACAUCCACUUAGAAUCCAGGUGUGUCGUGCAGAGACAUCAGCUGGUAUGUGGGCAAGGAACGGAAACGCGGCACGUAAUCAGUCAUUUUAUUACGCACAAACGAAUUAUAAUACGGCACUGUUGGACUGUGAUAUUGCAUUGCUCAGAUUUAUCGCGUCAAACGUCCAUCCGGAGUGGUUUCUGAACGCUUUAUCGGCAUCAUUCUACUUGGAUGAAUGCUUCUCGUAUAGUCCGAAUGUGAAAUAUACGAACGCAUCCAUAGCAGAUGUGAAACCGAUUGUAAUAACACGAAAGGAAUGGGUUGAUUCGUUGAUCGAUGGAGCACUCAGAUUACUUCUGGAAUUGAUCGUAAUUGCGUGGAAUACGAACGGUGUCGAGGAGAAAGAUGUGGAGCGAGAAAUUGUGGCAGCGUUGGCGAUUGGCGAUUUGACGCAUUCGAAACUGAAAUCGGCAAUUCCCGAGAAAGGAAGUCGUGCGAUGAUGAGUGAUAAGGCGUUCGACUCUCUUCUUCAGAAGGGUGUUUUCCGACUCUCCGAGCAGUCCUGGUACGAGCGCUUUGAACCGGUAUUCUGUCGUAUGCGUGCCACAACAGCGCGAGAAUUCAACGACGCGUUGUUGCGUUCAGAAAACAUAGAGCGAACUCGUUUGAAUCGUUCUUCACCGGGCAGUGGCCAAAAGAUGUACGGUUGCGGAAUGGGAGGACAUUUCUGGAUACCGUAUCGGUUGAUCAGUUUUGAUGGGUAUGCAGACACGAUACUUCAUUUGCGCAAUGUGUUCAAGUUGCUCGUCUCACCAACAUUUUUCGAGAUACUCUUCGAGGUGUUAGCAAUGCACAUUGACGAAGGCCAAAUAAGUGAUUCAAUCGUGCAGCAAGUUGUCUAUUUGUUGACCCUGAGCGUUUCCUACAUCACAUCGCCACAAUUCAAAAGCGCAUCGGAUGAUGAGCAGUGUUUCUGGGCCAGGAAUGAAACGUUGACAACGAGAAUGGGCACAACGCGAUCUGCAUAUCAUCGAGUCGAUCACAACAUUUCUGCAGCAUCAUUGGAUAAGCAACGCACACACGCGCUUUCGUUGUUCACGUUGAAUGUGAACGAAGGAGACGCAAAUAAAGAGCCGCGUUCGUUGCUCUCAAUGCUGGUUCGCAUAAUGCGUUUGUCGCUGAGUGAAGAUAGCGCUGGUGGCACUGAGUCGGGUGGUGUGGAUUUGGACAGGCGUCUCAGUAUAGUGUUGGAUCAUUUGAUCAAAAAGAGUCCAGGUGACUUGACAAGAAUCUCAGGUUCAACAGUGUCGUAUGUUGGGCGUUUCAUAAAUAUCCUGUAUCGCAGGUAA